AUGGAUGACCAGCUAUUUCUGGAUAUGGGAAGGGCUGGCGACGAAGAAGAGCCGUUCCGGCCCAGAUUACAAUGCUGGGACUUCCCAGGGCAGAACGACUAUGCUCAGUGCAACCUUCUGUACUUCCACGGUAGAGGCAUUUACUUGGCAUUUGUGGAUGUUAGCCAGCAGUUGGACGAUGCCUGGCGCGAGCUCCAGUUUUGGAUGUGGGCUAUCGCGCAGCACGCUGACGAUGACUCUGACUAUGAUCCAACGCGCAAGAGCCUCGCAGCUCCGCCAGUCCUAUUGGUUGCCACCAAGUGGUCGAAGAAACGGCUGGACGAGCAAGACCUGGACAGUCGUGUGGAUUCAUUUUUAGACUACGUGCCACGGCUGAAGAGCCAGCUUCAAGCAGGACCCGGAGUUUCUGCAUCGUGCCGCUCGAAGUGGAUCUACCCGGUGGAGAACUUCGCAGAGGGUGUGGAGACCUACAUUAGACCGCUCCGGGAGAGGCUGAACGAGCUCACUGUAGAUCUCCUUCUCCCUACAAAGCCUGAUGCAGUCAACCAAAAGCCUUAUGCUGGUCUGCAGUCGCAAACUUACCCCGUGGCAUGGCUCAGGGCUCAUGACCUUCUCACCGGCCUGGGAGAUGGCAUGGACGUCACAGUCCCAAGAACACAGCUGCAAGCACAUCUGCAGCGCACUGCCGGAAAUGAUGGACCUGCCACAUCCGAACCGAGUAUGGGAGCAAGCGACCCGCUAGCACCGAACUCUAGCUUCAGUUUGAAAGCUGAUGAACCCAUGCUGAACCGCAAUGGGGAGAGGAUCCUCGUGCCAAAGGGUGCGUAUGUGCAAGUCCUGGGAAGUGCUAAUGGUGGCGAUGAUGUCCACCUAAGGGUCUCCUGCACCUUGUUGGAGUUGUCGCAGGUAAAGAGGCUUCUGGCUGGUGUGAAGCCACGGCCAGUCGUCGGUGAAGAGGUGUCUACGGUGUUGAGCUUGCUGCAUGGCCUGGGGGUCCUUUUCUGGUUUCCUGAGGAAGGGCUGAAAGAGCACGUGCUAUUAGCAAUCCGAAAAGUGGCCGUUGCAUUGACUCGAAUCAUAAGCUUACGCUUCUGGGCCGAGAAGGGCCUCCAGCACUCAGAGGCCUACAGGAAGGAACUGCUAGAGUGUGUGUCAACUACGAGUCUUCGGAGACUGAACACUGAAGGUCUGGCGAGUCGAGAUCUGCUUGAAAGGCUCUGGACAGAAGACUUUGGCCACGUCGAUGGUAAAGAAGGGGCCGGAAUGACCGAUAUCAUGUUGAAGAUUAUGGAGCAGAAGGGGCUGAUACUGAAGCGUGCCUUCAAAAACGAUUUCAUUGUGCCUUGCUGCCUACCUGCAUCAAUAUUGCCCGAAUCAGCACAACAUGUUUCUGAAGUUCGCUACCUAAAUCUAGAGGGCCUGGUGUCACCAGCUAUCCUGACGCGGAUUUCAGCCGACUUAUGCAACGGUGGACGUGGAUUGCAGGAGUUUACCCCGGGACCCCCACAGCUUUUCCGAAACGACGUUGAGUUGAAUUCGGAUGGACAUUCCAUUGGCAUCUCUUUGUCGCCUGCCCUGGGCUUUCAGCUUCUUCGACUUCGAGUGAAAUCGCCCCUGGUUACCCCGCCGUGUGAAGGGACUGCAGAGGCAGAGAAAUCGCCAGCUGACAGACGAGCCAGCAUGAUGAACCGCGUCCUUGCAAGCUUCUUCGAGUGCCUGGGCAUUGACGAAAGGAUGCAAGCCAAACUGGUUUAUACCCGCGAGUCAAUGAGGUUCAAUCCGGAGCCAUUCUUCGGCAAACUUGCAUGCAGCAGGUCGUCUUGCAUGCUUUUUCCGUCGGGCUGUCGGCGGUGUGAGGUGUCAGAUUCUGGGUUUCUGCAACAGCGCUACCUCCAGGACCUUAGUGACGACCUGGCCAAGGUCGUGGACUGCGUGUGCGUGCUGAACGAAGUGAGACCUGCGGGCAGCUUUCGUUUUAACACGAUGAUAUAUCCCUGUGAUGUGGACCUAGAAGAGUACGUGGUUGCUGCCGCAGUGGACAAGCAGGAUGCUCUGCACAAACUGGCGGAAUCGCUGGAGACACUUAGCCAGAAGUGCAGGGAGCAACCAAACCUCUACUGGGGAGGCCUCAAGGCCGGGAAGCAUCCGACACAGAAGCAGCUCCUGAAUCCAUCCAAGCCUGAAGUGCUGGAGUGGAGCCUCGGCGGCCUCAUGCGGGGGGAGAAAACAUUUACUAUCAGGCGAAGUGGCGAGAAGAUCGCGAUUUCUUUGGCGAAAGCCUUGGAAGACGGGAACAAGUCACGGACAGCUUUCAUUACCGUGUUUGCCAAAGUCGCUUUGUUCAGUGGACAAGCGAUUCCACGCCGCUUUUUCGAAAUUACCAACGUGAUCCGAUUCGGAUUUGUCCACGAUGGCCAAAUCAUUCCUGUAACAGCGGAGUAUGACUUCCUUGCGGUUCUGGAUGAGUGCAUCUGCAGCUAUUCUUUUAAAACUCCGAAGGCGAUGAAGUAUGUGAAGCGCCUCUGGGAGAGGGCGGUGUACUUAGCACAGCGAAACAUGGCCGUGGAGCCGAGUCUGGUCAUGCUCAAGGCCCUGAAGCCUAUCUUUGGACAUUGGGUGGCGGAGCUGGCACAGAUCGCGGCCCAUGCCGAGACGCUGCAUGCAAUGCUGAAGAAGCGCUUCAAAGAUGCGGCUCUCUCCGACCUGACAGUCUUCCGCGCCAGCCUGGAGGGCAUCCAAAAGCAACUGCUGAAAGCCACGGGGACCGUCUCCGGGCAGAGCUGGGAACGGGCGGCAGCUUCGGAAGUUCUUCAGACCCUGGAGCACCUCUUCCAACGACUCCCAGAAGGUUCAGAAAACGAUGAUGAGCUGAAGCACAGAUUGGAAGAAGCGGCAGAUCUUCUGGAAGCAGGCGUGGAGUGCACUCUGAACCUGUGGCUGGGAAGCUUCACCACCGCAAUCACACGACCCCUCCACGAAGAAUGGGAGUUUCCUUCGGGCCACCUGCCCAUCGGUGCCGAAGUCGUUACGUCUGUCCACGGGCAGCAAGCAGAGCCCAUCUACAUGUGCUCAUGGAACGUUCAAGACCUCGGCCUCGGCAUCUCCGCCAAGAGAGAAGGGCGUCAGCAAAGCAUCUUCAACUUGGUUUUUGAGAUGCUCCAGCACCCGACGAAUCCCGACAUCCAUGUGCACUUGCUUUGUCUUCACGGAUGCUGGCCAGAGCUGCUAGAGCAAAUUGGGGCCCGGUUGACGCAGGUGGAGGAACCAUUUGAGAUGCAAUCUUCCGGGAAUGCUGCGGAGCCAGGCAACCAGCAGGCCAUCAUUUACAACACGCAAGUCCUGGAGCUGAAGGGCUUCGUGCCCGAGCAACUCUUCGGCGCCGACUCCGAGAAGGCAGUGGCAGUGGCCCGCUUCUUUUUGAAGCGGGAAGCGCGCCAGCUUCGAAUCAUGACGGCGCAUCUGCCGAUUGAGCCUUUCAGCUCUGCGCAUCGUGCACUCUGCGACUGCGUUCGGAGGCUCCAUGCCGGCGACAGCGACACGGCCCAGAUCCCGAUGCUUCUGCUGGGCGACUUCGGAGUGCAGGAGCAGGCCAUCGGACCUCUGCUAAAGCAUCAUGCCAAAGUUCCCGUCGCCUUCAUUCCGGUACCGUAUCCAACGACGGUCUUCAAGGGCUCGUUGCUGCCGAAGCGGACGGAUGCCAUCGCUUCGCUGUCAAAGGAUCUCAAGGUCCAAGCGCUGGCAGCCGACCAGGUCGUCGCAGGCUUGGAGAAGCACGUGGAGCUGCUCAAGUCGAGGUGUGUGGGAUUGGCUGACUGGGACACAGAUGGAAGCUUCGCGGACAUGGCCGCUUCGUGCUAG